GGAAUCGGGGCCGCCAGCCGCCGCCCGCCGACCAUGGAUCCCCGCAAAGUGAACGAGCUCCGGGCCUUCGUGAAGUUAUGUAAGCAGGACCCGAGCGUCCUGCACACGGAGGAGAUGCGCUUCCUGAGAGAGUGGGUGGAGAGCAUGGGGGGUAAAGUACCACCUGCUACCCAUAAAGCUAAACCAGAAGAAAAUAUCAAGGAAGAAAAAACAGAUAGUAAGAAGGCGGAGGAGACCAUACAGACAGACGAGCCGUCAAGUGAGGAAAGUGAUCUAGAAAUUGACAAUGAAGGUGUAAUUGAACCAGACACUGAUGCGCCUCAGGAAAUGGGAGAUGAAAACGUAGAGAUAACUGAGGAGAUGAUGGACCAGGCAAAUGAGAAGAAAGGGGCUGCCAUUGAAGCCCUAAAUGAUGGUGAACUGCAGAAAGCCAUAGACCUGUUCACAGAUGCCAUCAAGCUAAAUCCUCGCUUGGCCAUUCUGUACGCCAAGAGAGCAAGUGUCUUCGUCAAAUUACAGAAGCCAAAUGCUGCCAUCCGAGACUGUGACAGAGCCAUUGACAUAAAUCCUGAUUCAGCUCAGCCUUACAAGUGGCGAGGGAAAGCACACAGACUUCUGGGCCACUGGGAAGAAGCCGCCCAUGAUCUGGCCCUUGCCUGCAAACUGGAUUAUGAUGAAGAUGCCAGUGCAGUGCUGAAGGAAGUUCAACCCAGGGCCCAGAAAAUUGCAGAACAUCGGAGAAAGUAUGAGCGAAAACGUGAAGAACGAGAGAUCAAAGAAAGAAUGGAAAGAGUCAAGAAGGCUCGAGAAGAGCAUGAGCGCGCCCAGAGGGAGGAAGAAGCCAGACGACAAUCAGGAGCUCAGUAUGGCUCUUUUCCAGCUCUCUGCUGUGGCCUGGGAAAGCAAAAGAUAGCCCAAGUCCUUGGACCCCUGCACCCACAUGGGAGACCCGGAAGAAGCUCCUGGCUCCUGGCUUUGGAUCAGUGCAACUCCAAUCGUUCCAUUGCAGCCAUUUGGGGAGUGAGCCAGUGGCUUUCCUGGGGGGAUGCCUGGAAAUUUUCCUGGAGGAAUGCCUGGAAUGGGAGGGGCCAUGCCUGGAAUGGCAGGAAUGCCUGGCCUCAAUGAAAUCCUUAGUGAUCCAGAGGUUCUUGCAGCCAUGCAGGAUCCAGAAGUUAUGGUGGCUUUCCAGGAUGUGGCCCAGAACCCUGCAAACAUGUCGAAAUACCAGAGUAACCCCAAGGUUAUGAAUCUUAUCAGUAAAUUGUCAGCCAAAUUUGGAGGUCAAGCAUAAUGCCCUUCUGACAAAGCCCUUGCUGAAGGAAAAGCAGCCCAGAUCACCUAAUGGAUGUCGCAAUAAUACAAACCAGUGUACCUCUGACCUUCUCAUCAGAGAGCUGGGGUGCUUCGAAGAUAAUCCCUACCCCUCUGCACCAAAUGCAGCUGAAGCAUUUGACAGUGGUUUGUCAUUAGGGUAUUCAUUCAGAUAAUGUUUUCCUACUAGGAAUUACAAACUUUAAACUUUUUAAACCUUAAAAAUGUUUAAAACAAAUUAAAAAGGGUGUUAAUUCCUCCAUUUUUCUUUGCUAAUCAUUUUGAGUUUUUUUCCUUUGAAUAAUUGGGCGAGGAAGAUACAUAAGUACAGAAGAUUUAUUGCUCUAGUGUGAGUGAAAUAAAGGUUAGUAGUUGGCAGCAUAUAUAACUCAUUUAAAUAGAUGAAGGUUUAGUUGGAUAUAUGGUUACUGAGGCAUUUUGAUUUGUCCUUAAAUGCUUUAUUUUUCAAAAAUAAAGUGAUUUAUUUCAAUAAAACUUGGGACCACCAGUAUUUCUGUAGGACCUGGGUAGGGACUGGAAGCACUUGGCAGGGCAGUGGCAGUCUUACCAUGUUUUAUAUGACACGCACCCUUGAGCAGAUUACACUGAAAUCUCACACUCUGGUGAGGGGAUGAUUCUUUUGUAAUGCUGCAGUAGUGUUGGAUUACUUAGCUCUGUUCUUGUCCAAUAUAUCAAAUAAAUGCUUCAUAUUAUUUCCACAGAUAAAAUACAGGAGUACUUUUCUUGUUAUAUUUCUGUGUUUAAGAUUACCUUUCCUGAUCAAAAACUUCUAAACUCUGUGUCCAUUUUCUGUUUGUCAUAUUUUUCCUCAUAAUCUUCUUGAGCUCAAGAUUUUUCACUAGCAGCCUCACAACUGUCAUUAUUCACAUUGUGAUUGUGCAGGCAUAUUUAUGCUGGGUUCAAUGUGAUAUGUAGUAUAUACAGUGGUUGUAGAGUAAUGCCCUUAACAGCUGUGAUUUCAUACUUGGCAUGAGAUCACCUGGUGAACUGCUUUCUGGCAAAAGGUUUUAUCUGGAGACAUUAGAAGAAGGGACUCCCUUGAGUAUUUAGUCCUCUGCUUAAUUACCUGUUACAGUUUGAGUUCAUCUUGUGGUAUUCACCUCCAUGUUUCGAAUAAUGUUAAGGUUUGAGUUACUUGCUAUGAGGGGAGCUGAUCUCUUGACCCAUCAUCGAGUUGUAACACAAUUGAGAGCCAGAGUUAAUCAUGACUUAUUUCCUGAGGAGCCAUUAUCUUCCUAUGCAAGCUUUUCCUUAAACAACGCAGCCACAGUGCCACCUCUGCUUUCUCUCCUUCCUUCUGCAAAGAUAAAAUGAGAAUAAAUUCCAUGGAGUACGUUUCUGAAAUGGUACUCUUCUGAAAUCAUAAGUCUUUUCAGGUUGUUACUAAGAAAAAGUUGUGUGCUAAUAGAGCAUGUUUUUUAUAAAUCUCUUAAAAACACUAAAUUUGAAUUUGGGUUUGCUGGUGUUUUUUUGUUAAUUUGUGUUCUUUCCUAAAACUUACAGUGUGUGCUUUGCUUAAUUCAAGAGCAGUUUAAUCUGGAUUCCUUACUUGAUUUUCUAAAUUGUAUAUUACCUGAGUAUAUUCUAGUAUUUCAAUAUCAGCAUAAACAGGAAAAAGUAAACUUGUUCUUCUGGAA